GUCCAGUCAACUAUAAAUGAGCAAUUUUUUUUCCACCGAAAAAAGCAACUCAGAUUUUUUAAGGGUGUUCGAAUUUGCUCACUCAACAGAGCCUGUAGAAUACCACAACCAAGAAAAUGGAGAAAAAUGCCUGAAACUCGGCUCCGAGUGCUGCCAUGGCGAAUCCUCCGAGCAGAAGAACAUCAUCAUCAAUUUCAUCACCUUAUUCCACCACCAACUAUGUCCUCCCUAUUUCAGAUAACCCCCAAUUUCAGCUCCAAACCCCACAACUAACAAACCUCACAAGACUAGUGAACUCCGCCAAAUUCUUCCUCAAGAAACCCCAUGCCUUCCCAUUUCUUCUUUCCAUUUUCCUUCUUCUCACCUGGGUUUCGCUCAGACUUCAGCGUCUUCAACACCCCAAGACGAAUUUCCAAAAUUUGGAAAUGCCACUGAGUGGUGCGGUUAAAGAUCAGGAUGCUAAUCUUAUGAGAUUUCCUUCUACAUCACCAACUUUUGCGAAAGACAACAGAGGGUGGCUAAUUGACCCUGUUUCUGUGGCUCUUGAGGCUGGCAUUCGAGGGGGAGCAACAAUUUGCGCCUCAGUUCAUGUUGGUGAGAUCAAACCUCAAAGUCUUAGAGGCAACCAUAGACACCAUUUCUGUAAUGAGACAUUUAUUAUUUGGGGUGCUAAAACCUUGUUCAGGCUCCAGUUCUGGCUGCACUUAAGACUAGAGGAGGACGAGUAUUGGCUUUUAAGGAGUAUUGGCUUUUAAGGGCUUCAGGCUCGAAUACGUUGAUAGCUGCAAUGGUAAAGGCAACAGCCUCUUGUAAAAGUAUAACGUUGAUGGUCUGAAUUUCAGCCUGAAUCUGCACAAUGAGUCGAUUCAAUGUAGGUCAAGAAGCUGUUAAAUGACGAGUUCCAUUGUGGCUGAAACUAAUAUUUAUGUCUAUUUUUUGUCGCAUGAACAAACUGGUUUCUGUUUUUAUACAUAUAACUGUUGUAAGGAUAUAUCUGUAGUCGCUUUCACCUCUUUUCAAUAAUGUGGACCCUUUGUUCCUUCACCCCCUCGCCCCUGGUGGGGAGCUUUUUUUACUUUGAUCAGUUUCUUCAGUAUGCAAUUUUGUCUAACUAUGCUAAGUACCUUUCCAGGUGGAAAAUAGUUUCGUUGAGAGAGGCUACGGUGAGGUGAUAGUUGGUGCAGACGAAGUUGCUGUUGCAGCUAGUCCACGUGGAACAGCCCACGUUUUGGUAAACCUUGAUUCAUCGAGGACGACAUAUUUCAUUGGUUGCCAGGACAAUGUUGUCAAUUAUAAUGACUCCUCUUCUGACUUUAAUGUCUGGAACGAUGUUAGAAACUAGGGUUUUUUUCUUUUUUCUUUUUUUUUUUUGGGAGGGGGAGGGGAUGGUGGUUGUGGGAUUGAGGCAUUUAUGAUUUUCUCCACAAUGUCAUAUCCAGAAGUUCUCGCACCAAACAAACCUUCCCUUUAAUGUGAUAAUCGGAAAUGUCAAUAUGCACCACUCAAGAUGUCAACGUAGUGAGAGAUUUGCUAGGCGCAGGUGGAACUGAUGACUUUAUAUGUCAUAUGCAUUACUCAAGAAGUAGCAUGUCAAUAUGAUGUUUAUUUCGUUUCGACCUUUUAUGCGGCUCCUUUCGCAUUUUGUAUCUCUUGAUGAGUGAUCUGUGUUUAAAUGUUUCGGAUCUUCAUGUGUGAUCUUUGAGGAUUCGUUGUUGGUAAUUUUAGAACAUUACUUUUCGCAGUUCAGAAAUUACUCACAUACAGUUUAUUUUUUACGAUUUUG